AUGACCUUGACUCACAACCCGCGCAAAAUAUCCAUGAGCCUGUCGUCAAACAGAAAGCCCAUGGAGGGCCUGGACAGCCCACUCAUCGAGCAGCAGCACGGGGCGUCCCAGUUGGCCCUGAUCCUGAACUUGAUCAAUGCCACCCUGGGCUGUGGCAUCCUCAGUCUCCCCUGGGCGACUGCGGGCGCAUCUCUCGUGCCUGCAGCCAUGCUCACCCUGGUGGUGUUGGCAGCGAAUGUCGGGACCAACCUCAUCUUGGUGUAUGCGGCAGAGAAAGAACAGGUGUUCGAUCUCGGCAGCCUGCUCGGCCGUCUCCCUCAUGCUGGCCGAGCUGCCCGGGCGCUGUGCGAAGCGAUGAUCUGGAUCACGGUCUUCAUGUGCUUGGUGGGGUACCUGGUGGUCAUCGCUGACAGUCUCCAACGGCUCCUGCCCUUAGAGCGUUCCCUCGCCGUCCUCGCAGGUGCUGCGGUCGUUCUGCCUCUCUGCUUCAUGGAUCAACAGCAUCUUGCCUUCUCAUCUACCCUUAGCAUCGCCGCGAACCUUUACGUGUGCUGCGUGCUGGUGGCAGCCUUUUCCUUGGGCUGGAGGGGCGACCCUAAGUUGGAGGAUGUGGAGGAUUGCUGCUUGCUGGGAUUUGGGCGAGGGGAUUUGGCCAUGGUGAGUGUUCUCAUGCAAGCUGCCGUAGUGCAGAUGUGUAUACUGCCAAUGUACGAGCAGAUGGAUCACAGAAGUCCACGCCGAUUCGCGGCAUGCCUGGGUAUUAGCUUUGGCUUUGUGGCUUUGCUUUUCAUCGGCUUCUCCGGUAUUGCCUACAUCGCUAUCGGUCCCAAAGUCUCUUCAAACGUCCUCCUCGACUUGCCACAUGGGCCCUUCGGAAGCUUUGCUCGGGUGGUCAUGGCUUUCGCCGUGAUCGGGGUGUAUCCGAUUCUGACGUCGUCUAUGGUGGCACCCAUUCGGCACCAGCAGUCUGGCCCAUGGCAGUCCGCCACAGUGGGCAUCGUGGCCUGCAGCGCUGUCCGGGCCUCAGAGCGAGGCCCUGACAGGCGCUCGGAGCUGCGUGCGGAGCUGCGCGGAGCUGCAGGUGGUGGCCUGUGUCACGACAGACCUGGGUGA